AUGCGAUCUUUUUAUGCAUUAUUCGAUAAAGACGGCGAUGGCAUGGUGUAUAGAACGGAGUUCGUAGGCGGCACUGUGAAAACAAUGAAGCAACAUCUCAAAGCGGAGAAGGUAGAACUACUCGAAAGUCUGUUGUCGAAGGCGUGGGAAUUGUUCUGGGGAGGGGAGAGCACCUGCAACCUCGAUACCAUGAUCCAUCACUACGGGCGCUGUUUCACAGAGCCCCACUUUCACGAACUUCUCCGACAGGUGGGCUCCCUAUUUUUUGAAGCCGUAGACGCAGAUAACGACGGCCUCGUCACCAUUGAGGAGUUCGCCACCUAUCUGAGGUGCUAUGGUGUCCACCCCCUGUCUGUUCCUCCGUCCUUUCAGGCACUGGACACCAAUCAUGAUGGUCUGAUCAGCAGAGAUGAGUUUGUGAAUGCUGCAUGUGAAUUCUUUACAAAAACAUGCGAUACGCCUGCGAAAUUAUUCUUUGGACCUUUCUUGGGAUAG